AUGCAAUACCCCCGUUCGAUCGAGUUGAACGGCUACACGUCAACUCAAUACGGUGCACAAUAUUCUAUCCUUGCGGUCUGUCUGGACAACGAUAGGAGCUCUCUUCGUAGGCUGGGUCACUUUAGCUCCGAUUCUCCAUGGCUCAAGCUAUUCGUCGCGUUACUAUGGGCACUGGAGAUCGGCCAUCAAAUCGCUAUAGGACACUUCAGCUGGCGUUACCUCGUAACGGACCAUGGUUCGUUGGAUGGAGCUUUGUCUGAGCGGAUUGUAUCGAGCGUUGCUGUCGUAGUCGUCUUGGGUGUGACCGUGGCUGCCAUCGUCAAGAUCUUCCUGGGCUGGCGCAUCUAUAGAGUGAGCGGCAAAUAUCAUUGGCUUGUGGCUACAGUCGUAUUUUCGAUCGCCCAAUUCGCGCUUGGGAUUGCGUUUGCCGCGCGGUCUCUGUCACUCUAUUGA